CAAUGUAAAGUUAGAAGUUGAGCAAAAAUUGCAGAGCAAAAACCAAUUCGCGAGCAUGUGCUCAUUAAAUGAUAACGAGGAACUCCAAGUUCCCACCGUAAGGGAAGUGCAACAAACGUUUGCCGAGCUACUAAGCCAUGGUGAAGAUAUAACCUGGGACCUAUUGUCAGCCGAUCAGGGAGACAUUCUAAAAAGCAAGAUAAAGGAGCUUAAAACGAUGCAAGGCUUCCCUGGUGGAAUUCCAUUCUUUAUGAAUCAGGAGUUUUUUAAAUCGAUUUGGAAUAUGAGAAAAUACACAAAUGGCCAGUCUCUUACGUCCCUAUUUUUUGUGUUGAUUGUGGAUGAUGUCACCGAUCCGAAACUGGCGGAGCAAAGCAGAUCCUGGUAUCUUUAUCCGGUCUUCCGUUGUCGGCGUUGCGUGGACAAUCACGACGAACAUUAUAGCAGCUUGGAUUGUUGCAUGGUAUAUGUGAAUCAGUACUUCUGUUAUGAAGAUUGGGAUAAGUUCGUGGAAAAUGCGAGCUUUCGUCCCGGACUAAUGGUGACCCCAUAUUGCGGUGUCUACAAACUGAUCGAUGGUCAGGUUGAGCUAAGGACAUAUUCUAUUUUUGGACGAAACCUUCAGAUAUUUUCAUUGAUCAACGAGCACUGCAUAACGCCCGAAACUUUGUCGAAGUCCUCUUAUCAGUCCAUCUUACGUCUCGUUUCGGAUACCAAUAUGGGACGAUUCGAUGGUUUUACUCUUGAAAGAGAAGAACCAAAGCGCGAUAAGAUACUACCUAAGCAGUUGAUUCCUCGGCAAAACCACAAAUCCUUAAUUUUAUUUACACAUAGCAUUAAUAACAUUCGUCUGGCAAUGUCAAUGAUCGAAGAACCUAAUUUCCGCAACGUUUUGGGAAAUCAACUUAAGAUUGUUUUUGACAAAAUCUCAGAGGAAACCAAAAGUUUUAGGGGAAACGUUGAUCUUGUGCGCAGUGCCAAUAUAGUGCCAACAAAAAAAGAGCUAAAUGAGAUUUUAAAGCCCAGUUUGAAAGGCUUUAAGAAACGUAAACUAACCGAAGAUCAAAGUGACGUUUCUGUGAUUCCUAUUGAGUCUCUCAAAAUAAACGAAAUCCAGAUAAAAGACGAAAAAGUAAAUCUGGAUGAUUAUGGAACUGCACUUAAAGAACACAUUGUAAGCAUGGAUACCUUUGAAGACCUUAUCACCAUAAUGGCGGAGAACUUGGAACCAGAAAUGUUUAAGCUAAUCCUGCAUUUUACCCAAACUUCGAUGGAAACCACCAGAAAGGAGUUGUGGCUGGAGCGGAGACACUAUUUAUCCACGGAGACCGUUCUCUAUCAGAUCAUUUUGUAUAUAAUGAAACAACAUUCCAAUUUGGACCACAAUGAAAUUAAGGAGCAGUCUUCAGAGAUUUUACGCAGAAUGCGAUAUUAUUUUGCUUCAACUACUCCCAAUUCUCCUCCUGAACUUCUAACAAAAUGCACAAAGUGUAUAGGCUUCUAUCGUAAGGUUCCAAUUUAAUAUGCAGUCUCACAAUUCUAGAAUUAUUGGAGCUAUUGCAGUUUUUUUUUACCAGAAAAACAUUUAAAAUUUCUGUGUGGUGUUUUAUUGUUCAACGCACAUCCUGUUUGAAAGCCAAAGUAAAAGCAUUUUAGUCAAACCAUUUCACCCGAAUUUUUGGUAGAAACCUCUAAACACUUGUUAUUCGUCAAGUCGAUUUUCGGCUACAAUACUCCUAUUCAAUUUUGACCUUUUCAAGAGACACUUUCAAAAAAUACCAUAUCAAUUUAUUGGAAUC